CAUUGUGGUCCUCUCAAGCUCAAUUGCUCAACUGAGUAGGGCAUCAACACACAGACAGAGGAAGUUGACUCCUUUUCUAUCAAAUGGCAUUAACACCACCAGGAUCAGAAACAGUCCCCACUGGGAACCACAAACAUACCAUAAACACGGCACUUAUGAUAGUGAAAGACACUUUGGAUAAAAGCAUCCACACUGAUUACUGACGCAGAUACACACUGAACAUACAUCCAUCGCUGUCUCAUAACUGACCUAACCAGCUUUCUUUGGGGCUCUGGGGCUCUCCAGGUUCAAUGAGUUUGACCACAAGCUCUUCGGUAUCAGCGACAGCGAGGUGGAGCAGAUGGACCCCCAGCAGAAGCAGCUGCUCCAGUGUGUGUACCGGGCCCUGGAGAACGCCGGGCUGCCCAUGGAGAAGGCCAGCGGCUCCAGGACCGGAGUGUUCUUUGGACUGAUGAACAGGGACUACGAGCAGUCUGCCGCACACAUGCACCCCAGCGUGAUCAACCAUUGGACGGGCACGGGCCUGGCCAUGAGCAUCGCAGCCAACCGGGUGUCCUACAUCUUCAACCUGACCGGGCCCUCGCUGUCCAUCGACUGUGCCUGCUCCUCCUCGCUGGUCGCUCUGCACCUGGCCUGUCAGGCCAUCAAACAAGGAGACUGUGAGAUGGCGCUGUGCGGGGGGGUGAGCUGCAUCUUUGAGCCCAGGGUGUUUGUGGCUCUGAGCAAGGCCAAGAUGAUCUCCCCCGAAGGCACCAGCAAGGCAUUCUCCAGCCGGGCCGACGGCUACGGGCGGGGAGAGGGCUGCGGAGUGGUGCUGCUCAAGCCGCUAAAGCAGGAUCUUCUGCGCAGGCUCUACUCCCAGUCCGACCUGGCGAUGGUCCAGUACAUAGAGGCCCACGGCACCGGGACCCCGGCCGGAGACCCCACAGAGGCGGGCAGCAUCUCAAACGCCAUCGCAAAAGCCAAACCUUCCGGCUCAGAGAAGCUCGCAUCGGUUCAGUAA